AUUUUUGGUUACCCGCUCCUUACUCCCUCUUCUUCUCAUGUACUUAAUUCUUUUUCCCUUUUAAUCUCAAAAUUCCAUGAGUCCCUUUGCCCCCAACAUCUCGUAAUACUGUUCAAAUCCCUAAAAUGAUUCAUUGAUUUAGGGUUUUGUUUCUCUCUGAAUCAGGACAAAAGGGUUUUCCGAUCUAUACCAAAAGACCACAGGGAUUGAUCUAUGGAAUUCCUUUUUCAGCAGUGUAUUUUCUUUUUCCUUUUUCAGUUUUGUUCGAUUUUUUUUACUUAAUUUCUUUCUCUCUCCAUUGUUUCGAAGCCAGCUUCUCUUUUUUCGAAGCCAUCGGAGCUCGGUAAUUGUUCUCAGCUUCAAGUGAUUCAGCUUCGUUUGAAUCGAUUGAUCGGCAAUGUAACGGCGGAUUUCUCUCGGUUGUCUCGUUUAAAAGAGCUUGGUUUGGGUUCUAACAAGUUAAAUGGUGAAAUCCCAGAAGAAAUCGCCUUUUAGAUGGAAAUCGCCUUACAGUGGUGGAAGAGGUGGAUGACCGGAGAGAAGAAGCAGAGUACGGGUAGUGCUAGUUCGGGAGCAGAUCAAAGUCGUGGAAGUUCAACUUCUUUUCGUUGAAGUUCAACUUCGCUGAUUCAGUAAACUUUGAGAAUAUUAGACCUCCUGUAAUGGAAGGCUUAGAUACAUUAAUCAUGAAAGAAACAAUCUUCAAAGUCAAGUAGCCUUGAAAGCAAUGGUAGUUCUUCAAAUUAAACAUCACCUGCAUCUCAAUGGUUUUCUUCAAAAUCAUCAAAGAAGGAGCUCACAUUGGACCUGAACCAAUGACCAAUAGAUUUGUUGUUGUUAUGUCGGGAACUGAUGAAAGAAGUGUUCCAGGGAACACUAUUGCUGUCCAAGCAGACAUGCCAUUCAGUGGCCUCACUACUUUCGGAACUGCAUUUUUGUCGAAGUUUGAGUGUUCUCAAAUGCCACAUCUAAAUUUUGAAAAAUAUUCAGGUGCUAUUGGCUGGGGUUUACAAGGAGCUACGUCAGGCAUGGAGGAUGCCAAAGAGCAAAUUGUACAGGUGUCCAAAAAUUCCACGCUACCAUCUCAAGAUGAGAAACUGAAUAUGACCCAUGGUUUUGCUUGGCACUUUUACGUUUUAAAUUAUCUUAACACCUUACAGUUUUCUUCUUCCUAUGGAUACCAUUACAGCUUGCAGUUGAAUGUUUCUUUUAGGAUAGGAGCAAAUGGUUUGGAGAACUCCCUUGGGAAGAAAGUUUGCGGGAUGCACACGAGUUUGGAAAACUUGUUCUGUUUUAGAACUUGGAUCCAGCUUACUCUUCAGCAGAAGUGGAGGAUAUAGUUUGGAAUGCCUUCAAUGAAACUUGCAGAGCAAAGAUGGUGCAGCAGACUGCGUUGUAUUUUUUAUUACUUUGCAAUGUGUAUAGUCAUAGGCAAGUUCAACUAGUCAGUAUGUUUUUCAUAUGUAUUAUUUAUUUUAGUUUUGAUUCUAAAUUUUUAUUUUUAUUUUAAUAUUUACGACAACUUCAGUUAUAA